ACAUCCCGUUAAAAAGUCUCAAACACAAGUAUGGACCCCGCCUGUCAAAGGGUGGUCUGAGUGUCAUAGCUUCACUUAUUAAAGCCUAAGAAGUAGUAUAAAGCGUCAAAGGUCUAAAGAAGAGGAAUACAGACAAUCAACGAGGGUUGUUGGUAUUUUGGUCAGCUGCUGAUACUUGCUACAACUGCAACAUGCUGUCGUCCAUGGUUAAGGAACAUCAAGGUCGACAGCAAGCUCGUAAAGAGGAACAAGAGCGACGCCGAAAAGAAGCCAUACAGGCGAGCAGCAACUUGACUCAUGCUUUGGUAGACCACCUUAAUGUUGGAGUGGCACAGGCCUACCUCAACCAGCGCCGCCUGGACAGUGAGGCCAUCCAGUUGGAGCAAAAUGCAACCAACUUCCAACGGCAAACCUCCCAGUGGCUGAGUCUGGUGUCAUCAUUCACAGACUCCAUGAAGGAAGUGGGCCAUGUGCAGAACUGGGCCACCACCAUUGAGGCUGACAUGCGUACCAUCUCCACAGCUCUUGAGUAUGCCUACAAAGUGGAGCAGCAGAGUGGCAGUGGUGGAGGACCAGCCACUUGAGGACAUUUUCCGAUGAAAACACCUGCACCAGGUGGCUUCAGGUAUUAUUUCUUUAAGGAAUGUGUGGCUGUGGUUGUCCAGUGCUUGUAUUAGUGCCAUCAGUUUAGAUUUGUUUCAUCUGGAACAUAUUUGUUAUCCUAGUCAUUUCGAAAGAUUUAUUAUGAUAAGAGUUUUCAGGUUAAAAAUAAAAUUUUUCUCUUAAAUAAACAACAGUAUCUACAUUUCAAAGUACAUCUCCCUUCAAGUCAAAGUAAUUGAUAUGGAGAUACUCAGGAAUGAAGUCUUUACUGUUUGGAUGUAGGAUCUGCUCAGCCAUUGCCACACCUUAAUUCCCAUAUAAUUGUUUGAUUAUUAACAUAUAACUCUGUAUUCCCAGCAGAUUUAUACAAAUUUAUAUGGAACUUUGAGGAAUAUUACUCUGGAUACAGAUGUAGCUGGAAGUAUUUAGACUUUUACCAUUUGUGAUAAACUCUUGUUUGCCUAACUCUUAGCCUAUUGAUUUCAAAGAGGCUUGGCUGUUUGAUCCUGAUCCCAAACCUUCAACACUCACCUUCCAGAGAGUGUGGAAGUGAGCCCAUAUUUUCAUACAUUUUGGGGCUCAUACUCCCACAUUAGGUAAGGAUUUCAUAGAGGUUGAGGGUAUUUCCAUUGGUAGUUUUUAUGAGCAUUUUGAUAGUUUGACAAGGCUUCUGCACCAUGAAUGUGAAAAAUACUCAUGAGAACUUGACUAACCUCCUUUGUUGCCUUUAGAAAUAUUUGUUGUAAGAACCAAAAGGAUCUGAGAAUAUGGUUUUGGUAAUACUGAACCUUUCUCACCUAUCUACCUCUACAUCUCAUGGCCUAGGAGUAGGGAGCAGGUGAAAGAAGGGAGAGGGGGGGGGUCAUGCUCCUUCUUUCUUUCUUUUCAGUAUAUUUAACGUUUGUGGAUUUUUCUUAGUUUCUUUUCAUUAUCAUUAUUACUGUUUGUCUUUUUCCUAUACAUUAUCAUAAUCAGUCAUUACUAGUCCAUUGUAGGACAAAGGCUUUUCCUGAUGUCCUCCACCUCUCUGUCUGAUGUUAGUGUACUCCAUCCUGCCUCAGUAAAUGCUUUAGUUUCAUCUCUCUGCCUGGUCUACCUGCCCUGAAUGUUCUUAAAAGUUAAAAUAUUCACCUAAGGAUGCUGUCAUGUGUAUUUAAUGACUAUACUAUGUCAAAUUUGUUUUAGAUAUUUUGGUAAUGGACAGACAAUCAAACAGGCAAACAGAUAGACGACAACAAAAACAUUGUCACUCUCCUUGCUAUGCAGAGGUGGGCAAUAACGACAGUCACUAAGGAUAGAAACUGGCUAAAUGAUGUAGGGUAACCACAUGGAAAACCCGCCUGUGUAUUACUUCCCGCAGGUUGAUUUGCACCUUUUCCAAUAAGAUACGAUAAAACUGGCCAACAUGGUGGGGGGAUACAUAUUCUUUGGAGUAUGCAAUUUCAUUACAAUUACAUUUUUCUUAACCCAAGGAAUAAUUAUACACCCAGAGUAAUGCAUAAAAUAUUUAUUAUUUAAAAUAUACAUGUGGAUGCUAUGUCAAGAACCAGAAAUAGAGUGCACACUUCUAAUCUUGAUGUCCCCUCAAAAUAACGAACUAGUCCCUGGAUCACACAGUUGUACCUACAGUUACUCAAUUUUCUUGUAUGCACAGCCACUGUAAAAACAAGAAUGAUUCAUUAUUCUGAUUUCUAUUGUUGUUCUGAUGUGAUAUCAUCAGAUCAGAAAAGGCUUUACACAGUAUGUUGAUUAUUUAAGUAAAUGCUGUGUUUUCUCUAUUCUGGCUUCCAAAAUAUUACAU